AUGACUGUGCGGCACAGCGACUUAAAAGAUUAUAUGGACAUUCCGACAUCGUAUCAUUAUGACUUGAAGAUAUCACUGAUACCGGGUUAUGUGUCUCAUGGAGAAUCCAAUAUUGUUAUUUAUCUUUAUAGACCAAUACGAUUCAUACUUUUCAAACGCUUGCAGUGGCAGACUUUGGCAAACUUGGUACACAGACGAGAAAGAAAUAAAAAGUUUAUCGCAACACUGUUCCAGUUCACAAGAAGACUACCAAUAUUCCCAUAUUUUUACAUAUCUGAAUUGGUCACCCUUAACAUCUCAGUAGAACAUGAAAAACGAUACCUAGUUUUAUCGAAUAGACCGAUAAAAAGUCAAUCUGUAUCUAAUGACACGAUGCUUACGCUUUUCGACAAGUUUCCUUAUACAUAUAUUAACGAAGUAGCAUUAAUUCUGAUGUCUGAUAUGACCCCUUCAAAUCCCAUCACAUAUGAUCUCAUUUCUUAUUCGAAAAUAACGAUCAAUAUGUGGAGCAGGUCAGAUUUGGUACCACACAUGAAAUUUCCGCAAUAUGUUUUCGAAAAUGUAAUCAAGUAUUUAGAUGACAAUUGGAAUAUUAUGAGGAGAGGCCCUAAAAUAGAUUGUAUUGUUAUUCCGAAUUUCAAUGGCAAUAUCAGGCAGACUUGGGGAUUGUUACUUUACAAUGAAACAUAUAUUACCUACAAUGAAAAAUUAUAUCCUGCCUAUAAAGCUACAGCAAUGCGCUUAAUAACUCAUGAAAUAAUAUAUCAAUGGUUCAAUAAUUUCUUCUAUCCUUGGUGUAAUUACUGGUUGUUAAAUGAGGGCUUCAUUAAGUUUAUCGAAACAUAUAUCAUUGAUAAGGUUUUUCCAAACUCUGGAAUGAUGAACUUGUUCAUAAUUCAAGAUCAGCAUGAAUAUCGUUAUAUGGAUAUAUAUUUCCUACUGAUAUUUAUGGAACACUUACAAAUAACACAUUUCAAAUUAAUUCACUUUCUCUUGAUCAACGUAUUUACUGUAAUAGGACCCAUUGUAUGGCGCAUGAUAGAAAGUGUAAUACCCAAUAAUGCGUUUUGGGAAAUUAUCAACACAUAUCUAAAGACGGUGGCGAUUUACCGUAAUUCGAGAGUUCCCGAUCAUCUGUGCGAUAUUAUGCAAAUCAUAGAUGCAUCAGCAAUUAAGAAUUACAAAAUAAACAUAAAACAAAUGAUAAAUGUUUGGGCUAAACAGAAGUACUGUCCUGUGCUAAAUGCGAUACGAGAUUACAAUGGAGCUUAUGUAAAUAUAUCAAUAGACAAAAAACAACCAUUCAAUCAAACAACCUUUUUUAUACCCAUCACCUAUACUAUGGAAAUGAACAUCGAUUUCAAUACAAAAUCGUCAACUAUUGAUCAUUAUUUAACAGAAUCAAAUCCCGAGUUGAAAAUACCCAUUAUAAAUGAAACUCAAUGGGUAAUUAUCGAUAAACAACAAACUGGAUAUUAUCGCGUCAACUAUGAUCCGGAAAAUUGGCGAAGAAUUGCACGUUAUUUAAAUUCCGAAAACUAUAUUAAUAUACAUGUUCUCAACCGAGCACAAAUUAUCGAUGACGCGUUUCAUUUUGCGGUGGAGAAAAAACUGAAUUUUUCUAUAUUCUGGGAUCUUGCGAGCUAUUUAUCGAGAAGAGAGAAAGAUUAUAUAGCAUGGUAUCCUAUGAUCAAAGCUUUUGAAUACUUGUCGAACUAUUUUGCAAUUACAAGUGCGUCUGACAUGAAUCUUUUCCAGUACUCAAGAUUCUUUAAGAAUCUACAUGAGCACAUAUAUACAUCUCUAUACGAAAAUAUAUUUCAUCAAAUAAAUGUUAAAGACAAAUUUAAUAAUUAUUUAAAACUGGAACUCGCAAAAUGGGGAUGUCUUAUCAAUUAUGAUUUGUGCGUAAAAAUAGCCAAAAAUAAAUUGGAAUUGUAUGUACAAAAACCUACAUUAAAUAAAAUUUUGCCUGAAUGGCAAGAAUGGACAUAUUGUAAUGGAUUAAAGACAGCGAACCGUGAUAUGUGGACGAUUAUAUACAAUAUGUCAUCUAAUAUGUACAAGGAAAAAUCCGAUUAUAAAAGAUUGAUAUACCUGAGUUGUUCUGAAAAUCCUGACCUUAUCUUUAAUUUACUUUGGAAUAUAAUACCGGCAUUUGAAACGGAAAUGUUAAAAGAUAAUGAUCAUAAAAUGCUUGCACAUGAAAAUGAGCGUAAAGUUUAUACUUUAACUACAUAUAUGUACCUUUCUACUCUUGCGAGACAUGCUAAGAACACUCCAGUACUUGAAGCUAUAUUGAACAAUUAUGUAUAUAUAAAACACAGUCAAAUCAGUACAGAGGUGAUAUUAAAUGUGCUUAUUAAUAAUGCGUACUCUAAGGAACAAUUAUUCGACAAGAUAAUGAAAUUUGUGAAUACCAAGAUGCCACUCUCAGAUUAUAAAGAUGAUAUAGAACAGAAGACAAUUAUUAAACAAAAGAUAAUAACGCGGUCUGAUAAAGUGUUCGUCCAGUCACGCUUUUUUCACAAUUUGUUCAAAUGAGAAUUUAAAUGAGAAGUUCAAUACGUCUAUUUAAACUGACAUGGAUAAUAAUA